ACAUGCAUGUGUCACUAGCAGAGGCUCUGGAGGUUCGGGGGGGACCAUUGCAAGAAGAGGAAAUAUGGGCUAUUUUGAAUCAAAGUGCAGAGAGCCUUCAAGAACUAUUCAGAAAAGCUGAUCCUGCUGCUCUGGGAUUCAUCAUUUCUCCAUGGUCUCUCCUGUUGCUUCCAUCUGGCAGUGUGUCAUUUACUGAUGAAAAUGUGUGCCAACAAGACCUGCGAGCAUUCACAGCACCAGAGGUUCUGCAGAACCACUCGCUGUCUUCCCUGUCAGAUGUUGAAAAGCCUAUCAAGCUUGGAGACCAUCUCAACAGCAUUCUCCUGGGCAUGUGUGAAGAUGUCAUUUAUGCCCGUGUGUCUGUUCGGACUGUUCUGGAUGCCUGCAGCGCCCACAUAAGGAACAGCAACUGUGCCCCUUCUUUCUCAUAUGUGAAGCAGUUGGUCAGACUGGUUCUGGGAAGCCUGUCUGGG